AUGGUUCAGUCAGGUAAUAAGGCUGAUUCUGUCUGUGUGGCUGCUCUCCUUAACUGCAGUUUGAACACCACAGAACUUGAAUUUGUGAAGACGUUCCAGUACGUGGUGCACAUCCCAACAUUCACCAUGGGACUGGUCUUCAAUUCAGCAGCACUCUGGAUACUCUGCUUCAGAUUGAAGAAUUGGACAGAGUCUGUUAUCUACAUGACAAAUCUAAUAUUUUCCGACGUGUUUCUGCUUUUCUCUCUACCUUUCAAAAUGCAUGCCUACCAGGUAGAAGGGAAGUGGCAUCUCGGUUCACGCUUUUGUCAGUUUGUGGAGUCCCUCUACUUUGUCAACACCUACGGGACCAUCCUGUUGAUCAUGCUGAUAUCUCUGGAUCGGUACGUUGCUAUCAAGCACCCCUUCCUGGCGAGAACCCUCAGAUCGCCAAAGAAAGCCACCAUUGCCUGCACUGUUCUGUGGGUCUGUGUCUGGUCAGCAAGCAUUCCAAAUUACUUGCAACGGGAUGACGAUGAUAGCUGCUUUUUGGAUUUUGCUGAAUUUUGGUGCCCUGGUACAAUUCCUCUGAGUAUGCUCACCGUAUUUUUAAUCACUGCAUCUGCUGUGAUUUUCUGCUGUAUUCAGAUUAUAAGAACACUGCAAAGAGUAGAUGAAGAGAGAGAAGACACUGACAUGAGGCUAUCCAUAAAAAUAAUCUCUUCCAAUCUGGUAACCUUCCUUGUCUGCUUUACUCCGUAUCACGUAGCCCUGUUACUGUACUUGUUGGCAAGAAAUUGUCUCAUAGCAAAGGAUUACCUGGUAUCACUGCGUGUGUUUCUCCAGAUCUGUCAGUGUUUGGCGACGACAAACUGUUGCCUGGAUGCGAUGUAUUACCACCUGAUCAUUAAAGAGUUCUGGAAACAAAAAAUGAAGAGCACAGAGGAAACUCUUUCAACAAAUACCGGUUAACUCGCAGAAUUCAAUUUGUCGUCUUUACCUCAGAAUCCAUGCCUACCAAGUAGGAGGAGAGUGACAUCUUGGUUCACACUUUUGUCAGUUUGUGGAGUCCCUCUACUUUGUCAAUACUUACGGGACCCUCCUGUUAAUCAUGGGCUGAUAUCUCUGGAUCAGUAAGUUGCUACCAAGCACCCCUUCCUAGUGAGAACCUUCAGAUCUCCAAUGAAAGCCACUAUUACCUGCACUGAUUUCAAUACAUUUUGGAGCUCUGGCAUAAUUGAUCAUGCUCACUGUAUUUUAACUGCUGCAUCUGCUGUGGU